AACAAAACCAAAACAAAUUUUAUGUAAUUUUCAGUUGAUUCUUCGUUAUCUCUUUACGGGUUCGUGUGCUAUUGCAAAUUUUCCCAAAGCUCCUUCUAAUAACUGCAAUGUUUCAAUUUUAUAACAAUCUCAGUUAACUAACUUCACGUGUCGGUGAAAAUGUUACAGUUGUUUAGAAUCCCGCUGCAGUGCACAGCAUGCGCGCAAUUUCGUGUUCCACUAGCCAGGAUAAGGACCGUUCAUACUAGCUCGUUCGUUGCAGCCGGUCAUUCCAAAUGGCAAAACAUUCGACACAUCAAAGCCCUCAACGAUGGCCGAAAGUCGGUUUUAUUCAUCAAACUUGCGCGCCAGAUUCGGCUGGCGAUUCAGGCUGGAGGUCCCAAUCCGGCAGUGAAUACGGCCCUGCGUGCCGUCAUCGAUGAGGCUCUGAAGAAAAAUAUGCCCAACUCGACGAUUCAAGGAAUUUUGAAGAAGUCAGCACAAAACCCUACACAGCUUAAAAAGUUCACGGUAGAAAUCAAAGUAUUGGAUCAGAUUAACAUGAUUUGUGUACUAUAUACUGAUCGGUUCACGCAAACAAAAAUGGAAAUUGCUACCAUACUCAAGAAGAAUUGUUCCUCAUUCUCGGAUGUUAAGCACCACUUCAACGAGCAAGGCUAUCUAGAAGCUAUCCUUCCAGCUGAUACUUCCGGUGAUGAUUUACUGUCCAUUUGCACGGACCAUGCAAUCGAUGCCGGUGCGGAAGAUGUUGAAAUUAUGAGUGAAGAAAACAAACUGGUGCGGUUUCUCUGUGAUCCCCUCGAUAUUGAUAGGGUGAAAACACAGCUCGAAAAGAAAGGAUACUCUAUCGAGCACAGUGAGCAUGCGUUUUUCCCCAAGAGUACUGUAAAACUAAAUCCAGAUGCUACCAUGGUUUACGAGAAGCUGAAAGAGAAGUUGAAGGCAUUGGAUGGAGUCGAAGAUAUCUACGAUAACUUUGAAGAGGUUUAUUAAUAUGAAUGGUAUAUACUAAUUAUGAAAACA